AUCAGCGAUCAGGGAGGAGGAAUCUCUAGAUCUGACAUGGAUUUGGUCUUCCAAUACACCUACACAACUGCUCGUGGGCAACGUGAAAGAUCUGAAUCUUCUGUUGCUCCGACCAAUUCAGGUGGAAACGCGCCACUGGCCGGCUACGGCUAUGGACUUCCUAUCAGCCGUCUUUAUGCUAAAUAUUUCAAUGGCCAUCUUAAUCUGGCCAGCGUAGAGGGCUACGGAACUGAUGCUCUUGUUUACCUUAAGAGGCAUGCAGCAGAGGCUGAUGAAGUGCUUCCAGUUUUCAAUAGAACGUCGGCGAAAUAUUAUGGCCUUGUUGGGCUUCCUGUAGCUGAUUGGUCACAUCCUCAGUAUACUACCGGUAUACACAAGCCCUAG